GUCCUUGUUGAAUCCUUUCUGCGUGGCUGCGAGAUCCGGAACCCAUCCCCCCAUCGGAUCAGGCGAGAUUUGUAAUGGAAAAAUAACAAUUUAUCAGCAACUUGCGACCUUCGGCUGUCCUUGUUCGAUCUUCAGCAGUUCAGCAUCCACGGAGACUGCAGGUCUGUACACCACUCCACCAGAGAACUCGUCGAGGCAGCGUGCUCUGCCGGCUGCCCCAACCCGUUGGCCCGCUACACGUCAAGCCUGAUUGCAGGUCAGCCGCCGCCGCAGCCCGCCCGUCUGCUGCACUGCCGCUCCUGAACCUCGUAUAAACUCCCAAUUUCCGUCACUAUCCUUCAAGCAGUUGAAAUCGUCCGCCUUAUUCUUCAGUUGUCAUCGCCGACAUCACCUGCACUCUGAAUCCAUCGCCAGCAGGUGAGGAACGUAUUACAAAGGAGGAAUACAAUGGUGAAAGUAAAAGAGUCAGAUCCAAGUUUGGGGUAUUUGACCUUGAAGGAAACCGAGGUCAAGCUGCCAAGGCCGACCCGGGUUAAAAACAAGACCCCUGCUCCCAUUCAGAUCACCGCAGAGCAAAUUCUUCGUGAGUCUCGGGAAAGGCAGGAGGCAGAAAUAAGACCCCCAAAGCAGAAAAUAACUGACCAUAGCGAACUCUCAGACUAUAGGAUUCAGAAGCGCAAACAGUUCGAAGACCUAAUCCGCCGUGUGAGGUGGAACAAGGGAGUGUGGGUUAAGUAUGCCCGAUGGGAAGAGUCCCAAAAGGACUUCAACCGUGCUCGCUCUGUGUGGGAGCGUGCAUUGGAGAUAUUCUACAGAGAGCCAACAAUGUGGCUCAAUUAUGCGGAGGUGGAGAUGAAGAAUAAAUUUAUAAAUCAUGCCAGGAAUGUCUGGGACCGAGCUGUCUCCCUCUUGCCAAGGAUUGAUCAGCUUUGGUAUAAAUACAUUCAUAUGGAAGAGAUGCUUGGGAAUGUCCCAGGAGCGAGGCAGGUGUUUGAGAGAUGGAUGACAUGGCAACCUGACCAACAGGGUUGGCUAUCAUACAUCAAGUUCGAACUUAGGUAUAAUGAGGUCGACCGGGCUAGAGCAAUUUUUGAGAGAUUUGUUCAGUGUCAUCCAAAAGUGAGUGCUUGGAUUCGGUUUGCCAAGUUUGAAAUGAAAAAUGGGGAGAUUUCACGGUCUAGGAAUUGUUAUGAGAGGGCAGUGGAUAAGUUGGCAGAUGAUGAAGAGGCAGAACAGCUGUUUGUUGCUUUUGCAGAGUUUGAGGAGAUGUGCAAAGAGUCAGGAAGGGCUAGGUGUAUAUAUAAGUUUGCACUUGAUCAUAUACCAAAAGGUCGAGCUGAGGAUUUGUAUAAAAAGUAUGUGGCUUUUGAGAAGCAGUAUGGUGAUAAGGAUGGGAUAGAGGAUGCCAUUGUUGGGAAGAGGAGGUUUCAGUAUGAGGAUGAGGUUAGGAAGAAUCCGCACAAUUAUGAUGCCUGGUUUGAUUAUAUACGCCUUGAAGAGAAUGUGGGAAUCAAGGCGAGGAUUAGAGAGGUUUAUGAGAGAGCCAUUGCCAAUUUGCCUCCUGCUGAGGAGAAACGUUAUUGGCAGAGAUAUAUAUACUUGUGGAUCAAUUAUGCUUUAUAUGAGGAGCUUGAUGCACAUGACAUGGAACGCACUAGAGACGUCUACAGGGAGUGUCUAAAAUUGAUCCCUCAUAAAAAGUUUUCAUUUGCCAAGAUAUGGCUUUUAGCAGCCCAGUUUGAAAUAAGGCAGUUAAGGCUUAAUGCUGCCCGAUCAAUCCUUGGAACAGCAAUCGGAAAGGCUCCAAAGGACAAGAUAUUCAAGAAGUACAUUGAAAUAGAAUUGCGAUUAGGCAACAUUGAUCGUUGCCGAAAACUUUAUGAGAAAUACUUAGAGUGGUCCCCAGAGAACUGUUAUGCCUGGACAAAAUUUGCUGAGCUGGAAAAGUCUUUGGAUGAAACGGAGCGGGCAAGAUCUAUUUUUGAGCUUGCAAUUGACCAAGUUGCAUUGGACAUGCCAGAGUUACUAUGGAAGGCGUACAUCGACUUUGAGAUAUCAGAAGGAGAAUUCGAAAGGACUAGAGCAUUGUAUGAGCGGCUUUUAAACCGCACAAAACAUUUGAAAGUGUGGAUUAGUUACGCGAAGUUUGAAGCUUCUGCUGUAGAAGGGGACUCCUCGGACCCUGAACAACAAGACGUCAGUCGCGAACAAAAGGAAGAAGGCUUACACCGGGCUAGAGGUGUGUUUGAAAGAGCUCUAGGCUACUACAGAACUUCAGCUCCUGAAUUAAAAGAGGAGAGGGCAAUGCUUUUAGAAGAAUGGCUCAACUUGGAAAGCAGUUUCGGGGAUGUUGGUGAUGUUGGGUUAGUCCGGUCUAAGAUGCCCAAGAAACUCAAAAAGAGGCGCCAAAUUGAGACGGAGGAUGGCCCGGCAGGGUAUGAGGAAUACAUAGACUACCUAUUCCCUGAAGAGACACAGACCACAAAUCUCAAAAUUUUGGAAGCUGCAUACAUGUGGAAAAGACAAAAGGUCUCUAGUGACGAUUGAUGAUCGAUUGAUACUGAGUUGGUUCUAUAACUUGUACCUGUCUCGCUCCUUGGGCUAAGUCUGACCUGCGUGGAGUAUAAAUAGCUGUAGUCGGAGCUGCAGGUGAUUGGUAUGGUAAUAUAAGUUAUGGAGUUUAUGGAUAUAGUAUGGAUCCUGAAAAACUGCCAGUUAGUGAUGUACGGACAUGUACUUGGUGGGAAAUUUUCAUUUCUUCUUUCCUUGUUCUCUAGGGUUAAUGGGUUAUUUACUUAAUUGCAUCUGUUUAUUCUAGAGAGUGACAAAGACAAAUCUGUAUGACAAUGACAACUUCUGCUGGCUAUUAUAAACAGUAUCACUUCAAAGAAAUUAGCAGCCGGUUUCAGAAGUUUGUUUUUUGCCUUAAAAAAAACUUUAAGAGUUGUGUUUUGACCGA